CUUUGCCUUUGGACUCUUACCUUCAUCUCCCUGCUUCACUUCUCACACACACUAAAUAACACACACUAAAUAGUCGUCAAAGUACACUCCACCUCUCAACCUUCACAACAACAAAAAAGCAUCAAACUUUCAGCCUUUUUCUGCUUCAUCUUGCCGGAAAUGGAUUUCUGGGGUUCAAGGGCUCACUCAUCAAAACACCACCACUUCCACACUCUCCAAUCUAACCGUCACAACAACUCCGAUAACCAUCUAACAAUGGAUGGAGAUGAUGAUGUUGGAGCUUGGUUUCCCUGCCCCUUUUGUUAUAUUGAAAUUGAAAUCCCUGUGCUUUGUUACCAUUUGCAGGAAGAACACUGUUUCGACCUCAAAAACGCGGUUUGUCCAAUAUGUGCUGCAAAUUUGGGCAAAGAUGCACUUGCUCAUUUCACAUCUCACCAUGUCCAUUCAAUAAAGAGAAGGAGAAAGUCCCAAAGAUCAGGGUUGUGGAGUAACGGGGCAAGCCACACACGAGAAACCACACCCGACAGGGGACACAUGCAUGAAACCACACCCGACCCACUGUCGGCAUUCCUGGGCAAUGUUCCCUUUUCAGAUCUUCAAGAAGAAAAUAUAUCAAGUGCCACUUCUCAAGUCAAGAGCUCAAAUGAAGAUGAAAAAGAAGUGAAAGAUCACGAAGAGGAGAGGUGUCGAGCAGCAUUCGUUCAAGAACUCGUCUUUUCAACCAUUUUCUAAAGUAAAUGUCCCAAAAGCACAAAGCAUGUUAGUAGAGGAGGUUAACAUAGUAUUUAUUUAUGUCUUUGCUACACUUAUGUUGAUCAUCACUUUGAUGUAUCCAUCAUGUCUUUAUAACUUAAGCAAGUUAUCAUGUGAAUCAAAUCAAAAUCUUUAUUAUAGAAUGCAAGUUCACACAUAAUCAUAACAAAAAAUUAGCAAUAAAGAUUAAAUAAUGUAGCAACAUCAAACCAAGAUCAUAUUUUCAAUGAUUAAACUAACAGACUAGCAUAAAUAUGUGUUAUAUCAUAAGAAUGCAAAACCAAGUGCAUACAGCUUCAUGAAUAAAACCUCCAAACAACUCAUUAUAAAACCACAGAUUUAAGCGAAAUCACUCGAUAAUCGACUGGAUAACACCAGCACCGACUGUCUUCCCACCUUCUCUAAUAGCAAACCGCAUACCUUGCUCACAAGCAACCGGCAUAAUAAGCUCAACCACCAUCUUCACACGGUCACCUGGCAUAACCAUCUUCGACUCUUCAUCCUUAUCAUUCAUAAUCGAUGUCACCUUCCCUGUAACAUCAGUAGUCCUCAUGUAAAACUGCGGU